AUGUUGAUUUUGAAUCUAAGGAUAACGAAGUAUCCAAAUCAGCAGCAACGAACAAUUCAAGUAAUGGAUAAUGAAAAACAAAUGACUCAGGAAAAGAGUAAUGACGUGCAGGAACAAGCAAUGAAUGAAGAACAAGUAGUUCAAGCAAAGGACAACAAUUAUAAUUAA